AAGAGAAGGGGUGAGGGAUGGAGAGAGAGAGACAGAGAGAAAGAGAGAGAGAGAGAGAGAGUUUAUACUAAGAGCUAUGUUUUGAGAUGAACUAAUCUGCUAGAGAGCAGUGUGAGGAUCGGAACGCAUUGUGUGAGCGAGUGUGUGGAGGACAGAUAAGGGAAGAAGCCCGGCAGACCAACUGCUUGUUUUAAUGUGCUGACUCUGGGGAGCUAAAAAAAAAUAAAUAAAUAUUGACUCUUCAGUCGUGCGGCGUGAGCCAGGGCACAAGCGCCACAUUUAACAGAGGUGCACCAGAAAACACGGGCGCGAGAGAGGAGAAAAUACAUCCAGCCAGACAGCAGAUAUAGAGGAUUUCUCCUUCCUUUUCUUCUUUUUUUUUAAUCUGUUCAUUUUUCUUUCUUUUUUUUCUCUGGACUGAUUCCCAUUUCCGGUAGCAAAAAAGGAGCCGUAGAGCACGAGAACGGCAAAAACCCCCACAAAAAAGCGUCAAGAAACGAAACGCCGCCAACAAGAUGUUUGAAAUCAGCCGAACACUGAAUGCUGCUUUGUUGAGCAAUGAGUGUCUGAAGAUGAUGGUAAAGUGUUCACAGAACUCGGCAGUAGCCCAGGCGGAAGGCUCCUUCCCAGGCAUGGGCUCGCUGCUUUUCCCCCGAGAUCCAUCCAGUCAACUGGGGGCCAGGGCACUGGGGGGAUCGACAGAGACUCAGUGGCGUCAGGCAGACCUGCCGCAGCUCCAGGGCUGGGCUGAGAAGGGACUGCUGACACAGCCAAAGAUGAUAAUCAGCAACAUGGAUCCUCAGGUGACGAAUGGCCCGAACUCUGCCACGGCCAACGGUCCCUCCAGCAACAGCCGCAGCUGCCCCUCGCCCAUGCAGACCGGCAGCCCCGAUGACGACAGCAAGACAAACCUCAUUGUCAACUAUCUGCCCCAGAACAUGACCCAGGAAGAGUUCCGCAGCCUCUUCGGCAGCAUUGGCGAGAUUGAGUCCUGCAAGCUGGUUCGAGACAAAAUCACAGGGCAGAGUCUUGGCUAUGGUUUUGUCAACUACAUUGACCCAAAAGAUGCAGAGAAAGCCAUCAACACGUUAAACGGACUCAGACUUCAAACCAAAACUAUUAAGGUUUCAUAUGCACGGCCCAGUUCAGCUUCUAUCCGUGACGCUAAUCUGUACGUGAGUGGGCUACCCAAGACCAUGACCCAGAAGGAGCUGGAACAACUCUUCUCUCAGUACGGACGGAUAAUCACCUCCCGCAUUCUCGUCGACCAGGUCACAGGUGGCUCGCGGGGUGUGGGCUUUAUUCGCUUUGAUAAGAGGAUAGAAGCGGAGGAAGCCAUCAAGGGUCUGAAUGGACAGAAGCCCUCAGGUGCUGUCGAGCCUAUUACGGUGAAGUUUGCCAACAACCCCAGCCAGAAAACCAGCCAGGCACUACUGUCGCAGUUGUACCAAUCCCCCAACCGCCGCUACCCGGGACCCCUCCACCACCAAGCGCAGAGGUUCAGGCUGGACAAUUUGCUUAAUAUGGCCUAUGGCGUUAAGAGGUUCUCCCCCAUCACAAUCGAUAGCAUGACCAGUCUAGUAGGGAUGAAUAUCCCGGGUCACACAGGAACGGGCUGGUGCAUCUUUGUCUACAACCUGUCUCCAGACUCAGACGAGAGCGUCCUGUGGCAGCUCUUUGGACCGUUCGGAGCCGUAAACAACGUCAAGGUGAUCCGCGACUUCAACACCAACAAAUGCAAGGGGUUCGGUUUCGUCACCAUGACAAACUACGACGAAGCGGCCAUGGCCAUUGCCAGUCUGAAUGGGUAUCGGUUGGGUGACCGUGUCUUGCAAGUGUCUUUCAAGACAAACAAGACCCACAAGUCUUGAACUCCCCUCCCAUCACUUGUGUAGCUCCUUAAAGCUCCUCUAAUACUAAAAACCCACCUCUGCCCACUCAGCUACUCAAAACAGGAACACACCCGACCAACAAACCUACAAAAAAGAACUGGAUAUGGCUUAUAAUAUAACUUUGGACCUAUAAGCCAAUGUUGCCUAAGUAUUACAAAAUGACAAAUUGAGAAUAUUCAUUAUUUGGAGCCCCUGGAAGUGAUACAGGGCUUCUGUUGUAUAUCUUUUUAAGUUCUUGUGAUUGUCUUUACUUUUUUUCUUUUCUUUUUUUUCUCUGUAAACAGUAGCAAAACCAGACCGCCCUUAUUUUGAAGAAGAAAAUGUCCUUCUUUAGAUCGAACUGUCUUGGUGUCGAUUCAGGAUUUUUUCUUUCUUUUUUAAAUCCGGAUCCACUGUCGUUAGAACAGCGCCUCCCUGGUAAAAGAACAGGAGGGGAUCUUUUUAAAAAAAAAUCAGUGAUCAUUCAUUCAUUUGUUUUGGUGUAAAUUGUUAGAGAUCCCCAAAAUGAAUUGACAGGGAUGAGGCCAUCCCUUUUCUCUAAUGCAGAAGAUGUUUCUAGCAUAGUUUUGGUUUUGUACUGCAAACAAAACACACGUCUGUCCUCACGGGGGAUUCAGGGGGAAGGGGCGAGGGAAGGGACGGGCUAGCGCUCCUGAUGACACGUUUCGUCAAAAAAACACAAAAAAAACCUACACACACUGUUGCCAAAGAGAAAAUCUCUUUGCUUGAAAAUGCGUUUAGAAAAAAUGAAAAAAUAAAGAGAAAGAAGAUCUAUUUUUAUAAAUAAAGAUUAAAAUAAUUAUUGAAGAAUUUUUACAAGAAUCUGGAUUUGAAAAAAGAGAAAAAUAUUUUGACUGGCUAAUUAGGGACGGGGGGAGGGGUCAGGUGCCACCUUGUCUUGUUCGUUCUGCCGUGGUACUUUUUAGGAUCCAAGGUCGUUUGUUUUUUUGGGGAGAACCGUAUUGGCAAUGGAAGAAUUUUGUAGAUGGAAGAAUUUAUCAAGGGAUGCAAAUUCAGGCAGGUAAUUUUUCAUAGCAGUAAUUAUUCAACAGCGAUACCCAAUAGGAGAGGCACAGGGGUCUUCCCAGGCCAACCACAUCUUCACAGUCAAGGGCCCAAAGCAAGGCCACUCAUUGUCCACUCAUUUACUUUAGAUCAUCCGUCUUUGGAAUAUAAGUAAUAAAGAUACACACGUGUGCACACACUUCUUUCUCCAUUCGGAUGACAUAUACAUGGUUAUGUUUAAUUUGCUAUGAUUUCGUGAUAGCGCAUUCGAGAUGUACUUCCUUUAGCGAUCAACAGUAGGUGCUAUAUUACAUGGUUCACUUAUCUUAAAUAUCCAACUUUGUUGUUCUUCGUGUUGUUUAGAGAGAAAAAAAGAAAAUUUAGAUGUUGCCAUUAUAUUAAGCUGCUGUUUUUCUUCUUUCAUUGACGUUUUUUCUUUCGAAAUCGUCGCCGUCUGGUCUGGAGAAACCCCAGAUAAACAAACUCGGGCGUCUAUGACGAUGUUCCUUUGGCUUGCUUACUUCUAGGUUAUUUGCUGAGUGUACAGCGUUUGUCGAAAUUCAGCGAUAAUUAGCUAGUUCUGUUAGUCUAGUAUUUGUUUCCUCAAAGGAUCUAUUAUGACUGUCUUUCUUUGUUGUGUACAAAUGGAUGAUAUAUAGUCAACAUUUUAUGUUCCAAUAUCUAUAUCUAUCUGAGUUGUCACUGUUUUUCGUUCAGGAUUGUCUUUUUUCAUAUGAAAACUUUAUGAAGUGAUGGUUCAGUUACUUAGAAAAACUUGUGAGGAAUCCUGUUUAAUAUGUUGUCAUGUCACUUGUGAAGAUAAAGAAAAAAAACGCAAAAAAAAAAGAACUGAAAAAUUGGAUAGAUUUAUUUGAUUUAAUGCCGCAGCAAAAGAAAUCGAACAAAAAGCUUCUUGAGAAAAAUCUGUAUUUAUUUAUUGAUCGAUUGAUUGUCUCAUUGAUUAAAUUAUUUAUUUAUCUCGAUUUAUUUAUUUACUUGUUGCUUUCUUAUGUUGUCUGUGUUUUUGCGUAAUUCUGGUUCAGGGAGGGGGGGUCUUUCUGAGCUAAAGGGAACAAAUGACUAGGGGAGACGCUCUUCCAUUAGUCCUGUGCACUGAGAAAUUUUAGUACAUUUGUGCUUUGUACCAAUAUAUCAAAAUUACAAUAUAAAAAAAUUUAAAAGUCAAAAACGAAAAAAAUGCCAAGAGGGUUGGUGAGGCUCUUCCCUUAUUAAUAGAAACAGUUACUCGCUAUGCAUAACCUAGCCGAUAGUUCAAUUUGCUAUUGCUUUUUUCUUGUCUUGUUAAACAUAAAUCUUUAAAUCUUUUUCAAUAAAGUUUAGUCUUAAUAGAAUGUUAUAACAGUUGUUCUGGUUCAAUAUAACCUGUGAUAAGUUUGUGUAGUUUUAAAAGCCACUUCCCGCCCUCCCUCCACACACUACCGUUGCUUUGUGAUUAAACUUUAUGCAAAAACGUGGGUCUGAAAUGUAGUUUCUCAUGGAUCUCGACGACGUUCAUGUCAGGCUUUGCUGCCCUAAUUUGAUUGAUCGAUAUGUGUCCAUUGUUUUAGUAUGAUUCAUCAACUCAUCUGAACUGUAACCUUCAUUACAACCACAUUGAUACUCCAAAAAAAGGAGAAAAAAAAAAAAGCAUUGACUCUGAUUGUACAGGUUGAACAAAAAUAGCUAUUGCAGAUAAUAUUUGAUAGAUUACACCUGUUAUAUAUUUUCUAAGAUAUAGUCUAUUUUGAGAGGUAAACUUCCUGAAUGGAGAGCUCGUCUCUUGUUAAGCAUUCUUGUGAAUGCUGGAGAAUGAAAAACAUAAGUCACGUUCAUGAGUAGUCUUACAUUCCUCCACCUCUAAUGCCAUCCAUCCUCCUCUGCUCCGUCUCUAAUGGGGCGGCGGUGGCGGCGGCACAUCCCUUCUCAAACCCCGCUGCGGCUGGGAGUUUGAAUUAUGCAACGACCCCAGUAGAAUGUUGUUCUGUUGUACGAACAAAUUUCCUGCAUUAUGUCCUCCACUUUUGGUUAAUGGCAUCACCCUCCGCGUGUCUGAGCGUGGAUGACUGCACUGGAAAGCGUCUAGGACGUGUGAGAGUUUGCGGGGGUGUUGGAAAUGCGGGGCCGUGCCUCUAUAGUGCGUGCCCAUAUCGCAGUGUCUCUCCCCCUGUAGCGCCUUAUAGUGGCAGCCUGCCAAUAGGAACCCAUCAGCCAGUAGUGUAGGAGGGAAGGCAAAGUGAGGAACAAGGCUCUUGUCAUAAUUCAUUUUCUCCUAAAAUGUGUUUGUUUACUAUCUGAAAAAUCUAUAAAUCUUUAAAGACAAAAAAAAAGGUUAAAAAAAAAUGUUCACCGGACCAAGCUGGUCUCUCCUACUUACUUUAUUACUUAUCUAUAGAUUAUUGAUUAUUGUUACUAUGAUUAAUAUUAUUCUCAUUAUCCUUAUUCUUAUUACGAAUCAAAUUACUGCGAUGAAUGACUUCAUGUUAUCCUUGCUAGUUUAGGUCAUUUCUGAAACUGGAAACAAAAUAUGGAAAAAAAAUACUUGCUGUAAAUGUUUUAUUUUUUUGUUUCUUUCUUUCUUUUUCAUUAAACUGUUGUGUUUGAAUUAUUUGUACUUUUGAAUGUUGGGACAAUAAAAUAAGGUGUUGAAA